AUGGAAAACAGCGACUUUUUCUCCGACGAUCCCCUCGUGCAGCAAGCAGCCCAGGUUGUGUUUGAUGUAGUGGACGGGAUAGAGGACCCGCACACCGGGGCCGAGCGCAUCGACGCCAUUAUCCGUCCAUACUUCUUGACUCCCGAGAAAGAGCGGAAAGGGGAUAAACCUCUAGAGCCGUUUUGGUUGGAGGUAAUUUCGACUGCCGCUGUCACGCGCUACGAUGAUGAAGGGCAGGAUCGAUUGAUUAAGCUCAUGUGCGCUUUGAGUCGGCUGACACCGAUCAUUAUCGAUGAGGAGGAGGAGAAGAUGAGGAAGAAGAAGAAUCAGGGGGGAGUGAGGGAAAAGCUGUGGACAAGCUUUAGCUAUUUAGGGUGGGUGAUGCAACAGAACUUCCCGAGCGGGCUUCCUGAAAUUGAUCCCGAUCCGACGGCCAAGUGCUGCGGACUCCUCCACCUUCCACAGGAUGCCCGGUGUCCCUUGAAACUCGGCGACAAAGACAAGAGGCCGAAGGAUGAUAAAUGGAUCGCGCAAGACCUCAACCUGGACUCCUUCAUGGCUAGAGUCCUCGGACAUCAGCUGCGGCCGUGGAAGGAGUUCGCCAUCUGGCAGCUGCGGUCCGCGCUCGAGUGGCCCCAUGUAAACCCCCGUCUCGUCGAUCACCAUCUUGCUAUCGUGCGUGAAUGGAUUCUCCAUGCGGGCUACGAGCUGUAUCGCCAGCGGUACGAAGGCUUUCUCGAAGCGGACAGGAAAAGGCGCACAAAGCAGGGGCCUCUCUACCGUGGUAGGGCGGAUAUCCCCCGCGAGCGGUGGAUCUUCUGGAAAGAACGCAUUGCGGAGCUCGCGAAAUCCGCCUCCGAUGACUUUCAGAAGACCGCGGCGGCCCUGGUGGAUCGGAUGAACAAAAUUGAGGAGAAUCUGCAGGAUAUCCCAUUUUCGUAA